CGUUUAACAAAACCUAACUCGAAGAAGAAGGAGUAAUGAGUCAGAGAAUAGGCAAGUUCUAAGCAAAUGGUAUGAAAGAGUGUGAUACCAAACCAAAAAACAUAUUCAAACUUUUUUAGCACUGUCUACAAUUAAUUAUAUAUAAAUAAUAAUAUCUUCUUUUUGAUCAAUUAUUUUAUUUGCAUCUACAUAAAAGUAAGACAACCCCAACGUGCUUCAAAGUUUCUUGCUCACUUGAUUCCCUUCUCCUCCUGUCUUUCUGUCCAUCACCAAAUCUACUUCCCCUUGCCGAUGAAAUGGGAUUGUUGACAGCAAAAACACUCACCAUUUUCAUCUUUUUCUGCUGUCUACAGCUCAAACUUGAAGCACAAAAACUGGAACAUUUCAAUAGAGAGUAUGCGUCUUUUGAUGAAACAUUCUUUAACAUCUUUGAAGUUGAAAAGCCUGCAACAAUAAGCAACUUUGCUCUGCAGGUGACUCCAGACUCUGCAUCAGCUGACUUCAACCUCUACAAUAACUCAGGAAGAAUCCUUUUUAAGCAGCCAUUUAAGCUAUGGGAUGGUGAUGUUUCUGACAAUAAAACAAGGGUGGCAUCUUUCAACUCUUCUUUUCUCGUUAACAUUUACAGGCCAAAGAAUGAAACAGCUGCUGAAGGUUUAGCAUUCCUGAUUUCUCCAGAUUUGGAGAAGCCACUUAGUAGUCAGGGGCAGUAUUUGGGGUUGACAAAUGCUACUACUGAUGGCAAAACUAGCAACAAAGUUAUUGCUGUUGAGCUUGAUACUUAUAAGCAGGGGUUUGACCCUGAUGAUAAUCAUAUAGGUAUUGAUAUCCACAGUGUUAGAUCUGUAAAGACUGAAUCUUUAACAUCCCAUGGUAUAGAACUUGCUCCUAUUGGUGCAAGAUUCUAUAAUGUUUGGGUACAAUAUGAUGGCAUCAAAAAGGUUCUCGAUGUGUAUAUUGCUGAACAAGCACAGAAGAAUGGGUCUACCCCACCUAGGCCAAACAGCCCCAUCUUAACGUAUAAUCUUGAUUUAAAAGACCAUGUAAAUCAAGAAUCAUAUUUUGGGUUUUCUGCAUCAACUGGGAGCAAUUACCAACUCAACUGCGUGUUGAGAUGGAACUUGACAGUUGAGUAUUUCCCAGAUAAAAAACAUCCUUGGUUGAAGGUUGUUUUAGGGGUUGGGGUUCCAGUACUGGUGUUAUUGCUUCUUGGGGCAGCAUAUUUGGGGUGGUAUUACCACAAGAAAAGGAUUGAUAGGUCCCAGUCAAACAUAUUGGGUGCACUCAAGAGUUUGCCUGGAACCCCACAAGAGUUUGAGUUUAAGGCCUUGAAGAAAGCUACUAACAAUUUUGAUGAAAAGAAUAAGCUUGGACAAGGGGGUUAUGGAGUUGUUUACAGAGGAGUUUUAGCUGGUGGGGAUAAUAAAGAUAUUGCAGUCAAGUGGUUUUCUAGGGAAAGCAUCAAAGGCCAAGAUGAUUUCUUGGCUGAGCUUACCAUUAUUAAUCGUCUCAGACAUAAACAUCUUGUUAAAUUGCUUGGAUGGUGUCACAAGAAUGGAAAGUUACUGCUUGUAUAUGAAUACAUGCCUAAUGGCAGCUUAGAUAUGCACCUCUUUUCUGGGCCAGAUAAAGAGCCGCUCAGUUGGCACGUCCGCUACAAGAUUGUGCAAGGUGUUGCCUCAGCAUUGCACUACCUGCACAAUGAGUACGAGCAGAGGGUGGUCCAUCGCGAUCUGAAGGCAAGUAACAUCAUGCUCGACUCCAAGUUCAAUGCGCGCCUUGGGGAUUUUGGCCUUGCACGAGCCCUUGACAAUGAAAGGACCUCCUAUGCCGAGGCAGAAGGUGUGCUUGGCACAAUGGGAUACAUUGCACCAGAGUGUUUCCACACCGGAAAAGCCACACAGCAAUCUGACGUGUACGCAUUCGGGGCAGUGUUGUUGGAAGUUGUAUGUGGACAGAGACCUGGAACCAAGAUUAAUGGCUUUCAGUUCUUUGUUGAUUGGGUUUGGUACUUGCAUCGCGAUGGACGUAUCUUGGAAGCUGUUGAUCAAAGGCUUGGAGAUGUCUAUGUUGCUGAUGAAGCAAGGAAACUUCUUCUACUUGGUUUGGCUUGUUCACAUCCAAUAGCUACUGACAGGCCUAAAACACAGGCCAUACUUCAGAUUAUAUCAGGAUCAGCACCAGCACCAGAAGUUCCACCAUUCAAGCCAGCAUUUGUAUGGCCCUCAAUGGUGCCAAUUGACAUAGACUCAAGUGUUGUGGACACAACAUCCAUCACAACUUCUCAUUUUAAUUCAGGAUGGAGUCUUGACUACCAAAGCAGGGAGAGCCCAUAUGCAGACCACUCCUUGGUCUAGUUAUUUUGGUGGUAAACAACUAUCAUGACCAAAAGGAAAAUUGAUUUUUUUGACCACCUAUUUUUUCUUAAAUUUCCUGUAAUUAUAUAUUCUGGGGAGGAGGUUAAAAAUUUCCUUCAGUUUUUUACUUUUUGUUUGAUGUUUUUUUCUCUUCUCAAUUUGUUGAUGGGGCAGGAUGAAAAGAUCAGAGCAGCCCAUGUACAUUCAUGUAACUCAUUAGUGUUGCAUUUUGUCAUAUUUAGUGUUGAUCUUUAUUAAACA